AUGAAGCAAAAAAAAUCUGUGUCUAAUAUGAAAAGGCGAGCAGCGGACACCCUUGAGAAACCAAGGCAGUUGAUUCAAGGAUCGACAAGAGGGAUAAAUUUGGAAGCAUCAGUCCAUUUGCCAUCGUACAAUGCAUCUCAGCGAACUGUUGAGCGUAUUCGGCAAAGGCGUGAAGUGUCGUGCCCAAACCCAGGCUCUGUUGCCGAUAUUAAUAUUCCUGUUGCACUACAAGUCACUUCAAGAAAUCUAAAUUUCUUGUUAUGGGAUUCUGGACAGAAUGAUCUUCAUCGCAUCUUCAUGUUUGGUACUAAAGAAAAUUUUGAAGUUUUAGAGGAGCACCGGCACUGGCACGUAGAUGGAACCUUUAAAGUAGCCCCACAAUUAUUUUUACAAGUAUUUACCAUUCAUGAAUUGGUAGAUAACUGUUCUAUUCCGUUGAUUUACGUGCUUCUACAGGAUAAACGAGAAGAAACAUAUGUUCGAGUGUUUCAAAAAUUGAUGGAGUUGAAACCCACUUUAAAUCCAAUAAACUGCUUAUCCGACUUCGAGAAAGCGAACCAAAAUGCACUUUGCCAGGUAUUUCGUGGUGUUUAG